AUGCCUCGGCCUCUAUCUCCACAUCCAACUCCCCCAGUGGGUCUUGCUGCCCUCCGCUCUGCAGCUCCUCCUGCCCUCCACUCUGCAGCUCCUGCUGCCCUCCACUCUGCAGCUGCUGCUGCUCUCCACUCCGCAGCUCUUGCUGCUCUCGGCUCUGCAGCUCCUGCUGCCCUCCACUCUGCAGCAGCUGCUGAUCUCCUCUUUGCAGCUGCCGCUGCCCUCCGCUCUGCAGCUCCUGCUGCCUUCCGCUCUGCAGCUGCUGCUGCCCUCCCCUCUGCAGCAGUUGCUGCUGCCCUCCGCUCUGCAGCUGCUGCUGCCCUCCCCUCUGCAGCUGUAGCAGUUUGGUUGCCCGUCGCCUCCGGACCCGCCCCCGCACUCGGGGCCUUUCCGCUUGUAACCGCGCUAGUCCUUCUAGUCGCGCGCCGCGACUCCUCGCCGUCCGACGCCCUCUCCUCCUACGCCUCCGCGGACCGCGCCGUGAAUCCCGGCGGCGACCCCGCGGCGAUGGCGGCGCGUCCUGCGGAAGUCCUAGUGGAGGAGAGGGAAACGGUGGUGAAUCUCCCGCCGGAAAUCACGGAGGAGGAGGGGCGGCAGCGCGUGACGCUGCGGUUCCUGGAAGGUUCCAGGAAACCAGGGACGGGAGGAGGAGGAGGAGCGGGGGUUGCGGGUGAUGGAUUUUCGGGAAUGACGGUGGUGCUGCUGCAUGGUCGCUCCUUUGAAGCCAAGACGUGGAAAGACAUUGGCACCAUCGAGCAUUUGGCAGCAGCAGGGCAUCGAGUGAUUGCCGUUGACUUGCCAGGUGGCAAGGGUCGCACCAAGGACACUCUCUCCACGCGAGCAGCGCACGAGGGCUUUAUUGCUGUGCUGUGGCAGAACUUUGAGCUCACCAAUCGGUCGGUCCUCGUGUCGCCGUCUCUCAGUGGCCGCUACAGCCUGCCGUUUGUAGCGCAGCAGAACCAGCUGAAGACCGGGCGGCAGCUGGGCGGCUAUGUGCCGGUGGCACCUGUGAUGGUGGACUCAUACAGUGAUAAGAUUGCAGGCAGCCAGGUGCGAGCAUUGGUGGUGAAUGGGGAGAGGGAUCACCCUGACAGAGCUCAGCACCUUGCAAGCCUGUUUGUCAACCACAAACUGGUGAUUUUCAAAGGAGCGGGCCAUGCAUGCUACAUGGAGCAGCCCGGGUACUUCAACAGCCUUGUGGGGCAAUUCGUGCAACAAUUGACCGGGCUGGUUACUGGUGCUGAACAACAUUGUGGGGCACAUCGGGUCGGUCGCGGGCACCAAAAUCCUCGUGAUGGCUGCUGGUCCCCAGACCGUGAGGCAGCUGGUACUGUACUAGUGGUUCGGUCCCGAUGUUUUCCGUUCGGAGGCCUGGUCCGGACCAGGCCUCACGCGUACCAGAAGCCGGGAAAUCCGGUUCGACGUUCAUUGCCAAACACGUCGUUUCGCCUGACAGAAGAAGAUCGAAGCGAGACGAGUGCUGCCAUGGAGCGUUGCAAAUGUGGUGCUGUGGUGGGAACGGACGGCAAGGGAAAGCAGCAACCUCGAGGAUCCGCCAAGUGUCUGCGCCUGUUACUCUUCGUCGGGAUAUUAACGGUUUCCGGGAUCUUCGUCUAUCGUACGGUGUCAGCUUAUCCCGGGUACCAUUUCUCGACUUCAGUCGCUCCGAUGGAAGAUGUGUUUAAGUCGAGCGAUUGCAGCGACACCGACGCUUACGAGCAAAGAAUGCUACAAGACUCAGAGAAGGCAUACAUAGAAGCCACGGGGGUGCUGGCGGAGGCGUUCGGCGGAGCAACGCAGCCGCGGGAUUUGGACCCGAAGCGCAUGUGGGACUUCAUCUUCGUUCCCACGUACCCGUGCCCGCGCGAGCGACGUAUCGGCCGUGCUGGCGACGGCGGAAAGUGGACUUGCGUCAUGAAGGCGUUCUUUGCCAAGCCGAAGAUUACAGUCUUCAGCAUUGGGAGCCAUGGAGAUCCCAGCUUCGAGAAAGCCGUGCAGAUAAUGAUUCACGCCAAGCCGUUCACCUUCGAUCCCUUCUUGAACUCGUCCACGCUCGCCGAGAUGCAAUCCCAGCCGUUCAUGCGCUUCCGCAACGCGGGGCUCGUCGGGUCGCGGACCAAGGCGAACGCGACACGGCACUUUCCGGGGGUGACGUUUGUGACUUUAGAGGAGGCCAUGCAGCAGGCGGGGAGGGAUUACAUUGAUAUCUUCAAGAUUGACUGCGAGGGGUGCGAGUACCCCGUCUUGGAUGACCUAAUGGAACGCUACACUGCCAGGCGGAAUCCUCCCAUUGGCCAGCUGCUCGUCGAAUUCCACGGGGCAAGCACCCAAGGGAUAAUUGACAAGUAUUUCUAUGGAAUUCAGAACAUGGGUUUCCGCCUAUUUCAUGUGGAAAGAAAUGCUUACUUUCCAAACUUCUGUGCAGAAUUCUCCUUCAUCCACGAGAGCUUGCUGCCAGUAGAAAGAGACGAUGGAAUUACUUACUAG